GUGUAACUUCCGUUUGCGUCCAUCUUCCUUUACGGCCAGGUAAGGCGUGUGAGCUGCCUGGUUAGUUUAUAUCUGAUGCCCGAAAAGUUGUAAAAUAGACGCGAAAUGGCGUUAUCAACGGCGCGACCCCUUGUUACGGUUUAUACCGAUAAAAAUGAGACGUCGGGCGAAACAAUUUCUCUGCCGGCUGUGUUCAAAGCACCAAUUCGGCCCGAUAUUGUAAAUUUCGUUCACCAACAAGUUUCAAAGAAUAGUAGACAACCAUAUUGUGUGUCUAAAGAGGCUGGUCAUCAAACCUCUGCUGAAUCAUGGGGAACAGGACGUGCCGUAGCACGUAUUCCGCGUGUUCGCGGUGGUGGUACUCACCGCUCUGGUCAGGGUGCGUUUGGUAACAUGUGUAGAGGAGGACGCAUGUUUGCCCCGACCAAGCCAUGGAGACGUUGGCACCGCAAAAUUAAUGUUAACCAGAAAAGAUAUGCUCUGGUUUCCUCUAUCGCUGCAUCUGGUGUUCCAGCUCUUGUACAAUCUAAAGGUCACAUGGUACAAGAGGUUCCAGAAUUCCCUUUGGUAGUAUCAGACAAAAUUCAAGAGUACAGUAAAACUAAGCAAGCUGUUAUCUUUUUAAGACGUAUCAAGGCAUGGAAUGAUAUCCAAAAGGUAUACAAAUCCCAACGUUUCCGUGCUGGCAAGGGUAAAAUGCGUAACCGUAGACGUAUUCAGCGUCGAGGACCUUUGAUCGUAUACGGUCAAGAUCAGGGCAUUCGCAAGGCGUUCCGUAACAUUCCCGGUAUCGAUCUUAUGAAUAUCAAUAAGAUGAAUCUUUUAAAAUUAGCACCUGGUGGUCACAUCGGUCGUUUCGUAAUCUGGACAAAGUCUGCCUUCGAGAAACUUGAUGCUCUGUACGGAACAUGGCGUAAGGAAUCCCAGCUGAAAGCUGAUUACAACUUACCUUUCCCCAAAAUGGCAAACACAGAUUUGGCAAGACUUUUGAAAGCUGACGAAAUCCGUAAGGUUUUGAGAGCACCAAGGAAGAAGGUGGUCCGCAGUGUGAAGAAAUUGAACCCGUUGACCAAUACCCGUGCGAUGUUGCGUCUGAAUCCAUAUGCCGCUGUUCUGAAACGCGCAGCAAUCUUGACUGCAAGGAAACGUCAACACGAGAAGGAACUUAUUCUGGCCGAGAAGCGUGGACUGAAGCUUCCAAAGUCUGUACCAGCUGUAAAGACCAAGCUGCUGUUAGAAAGACGUAGGAAACAAAUAUUAGCUGCAAAAGCAGCUAAACCUAAGAAGACAAAAACCGUGAAGAAGGCAAAAACCGCUACCGCGGCUAAGCCUGAAAAAGUGACUAAACCAACUGAAAAAGCCGCAGGGAAACCUGCGGCAUCAAAAGCUGCACCCGUAAAGAAGUAACUUUUUACCAACAAUUCGUUGUUGACCCAUGACGUUUAUUUGUUUUGAAUAAAUAUGGGAGGACAACAGAG